CAGGGACCUACCCAUUCUGCCUAGAGAGUAAUACACCACAUCCUGUGCUUCAGUAAUUCUUCAGCAUUGUCCAUGCUCUUCGAGCCUGGGGCUGAAAGAGGAGGGAGUAAUAGGUAGGGAAAUGGGAGGAGCAGUGACCUCUUUUUCCCUCUGGAGGACACAGGGCAACACUCUUUUAGUUUGUUUCCAGGACUUUGGGAGUUGGGGCCAGAGGUGAAGGAAGGAAAUGACUUAGAGGCCUUACAAUUACAUCUGUGCAUUCUUGCUUUGGACAUUACAAUUGAGGGCCAACCCAGUCUGGAAGCACCUCUUAUUAAUGUUACAAGGAAACGGCUACCUCAACAAACAAAAGGAAAGAAGACUUGUAAUAACAAAUGCCAUUUUUUAAAAAACAAAAACUUGUUUUCAGAAAAUAUUAAAGAAAAUUUGGAAUUUUUUUGCAUUCAAAAGAAGCUUUACAGGUAAAUGGAUUUGUCAGGCAGGCUCUGUCAAAAUUCUGCAGGGAUUUGAUCUUCCUUCCUAAGGACUUGAAGUAAUUCUGUAUUGCUUUUUAAAUUGCUGUUGAUCAGCUUGUAGGUUUUUGGGUUCUAACUUUUCUGGUAUAUUAAAGAUACAUUAUUAUAUUACAUUUUUUAAAGUUAUUUUUCUGCCAUUGUAAAUACAAGUAUCAAAAUAUUCUUGCAGAGUAAUUAUAGGUGAGCAUUUUUCUCAAGCAUAUCUUUUUAUUAAGAGAGUGGAAUGCUAACAGUUCUUAUACAGCAUUUUGGACACACUUAUUUUUUGUCAGAGGUCCUGCCUAUACUGAAAAUAUUAAUUAUAUAAACCUGUUGUCCUUCUCACAUCUAUAUUGGAUCCCAUGGUCACUUGCCUCAUAGAAAUGCCUUUUUUAAAUCUUAUAUUUUCAGAACUCCACUAUUUUUAUACCUAGCUACAGUUUUGGGGGAUAAAAGACUCAGAACCCUGACUUGCUCACAGUCACUGGGACAGUUCCCUCUCCCGCAUGUAUUGCUGCAGUGCCCAGGACAGUAAAAUGGACUACAAGCGGCGCUUCCUGCUUGGCGGGUCCAAGCAGAAGGUGCAACAGCACCAGCAAUACCCGAUGCCUGAGCUGGGCCGAGCACUAAGUGCUCCCCUGGCAUCUACAGCCACCACUGCCCCCCUGGGCAGUCUGACCGCUGCAGGCAGCUGCCAUCAUGCCAUGCCCCACUCCACUCCCAUUGCCGACAUCCAGCAGGGCAUCUCCAAGUACCUGGAUGCCCUCAAUGUCUUCUGCCGUGCCAGUACUUUCCUCACAGAUCUCUUCAGCACUGUGUUCAGGAACUCUCACUACUCCAAGGCAGCCAUGCAACUCAAAGAUGUGCAGGAGCAUGUCAUGGAAGCAGCCAGUCGGCUGACUUCAGCCAUAAAGCCCGAGAUCGCCAAGAUGCUGAUGGAACUUAGUGCUGGGGCUGCAAACUUUACAGAUCAGAAGGAAUUCAGUCUCCAGGACAUUGAGGUGUUGGGGCGAUGUUUCCUGACCGUGGUGCAGGUCCAUUUCCAGUUUUUGACCCAGGCAUUACAGAAGGUCCAGCCAGUGGCUCACUCUUGUUUUGCUGAGGUGGUUGUGCCUGAAAAAAAGAGCAGCAGCAGCUUAUCUGGCAUGGGCCACACACCUGAACUGGAGGAAGCUGUGCGAUCCUGGAGGGGGGCUGCUGAGGCAACAUCUAGACUAAGAGAAAGAGGCUGUGAUGGCCGCCUGGCAGGAAUUGAAGUUCAACAGCUCUUCUGUUCUCAAAGUGCAGCAAUUCCUGAGCACCAGUUAAAAGAACUGAACAUAAAAAUUGACAGUGCUUUGCAAGCAUAUAAAAUAGCUCUGGAAAGCUUAGGCCACUGUGAAUAUGCAAUGAAAGCUGGUUUCCACUUGAAUCCAAAAGCAAUUGAAGCCAGUUUGCAGGGCUGCUGCAGCGAGGCAGAAGCACAGCAAACUGGGCGGAGGCAGACGCCCCCGCAGCCCAUGCAGUGUGAGCUUCCUACUGUCCCUGUGCAGAUCGGAUCACACUUCCUGAAGGGUGUCUCCUUCAACGAGUCAGCCGCUGAUAAUCUGAAACUUAAGACGCAUACAAUGUUACAACUGAUCAAGGAGGCAGGCUGCUAUAAUGGAAUCACACCAAGGGAUGAUUUUCCUGUAACUGAAGUACUGAACCAGGUGUGCCCAUCCACAUGGCGGGGCGCCUGCAAGACUGCCGUACAGCUGCUGUUUGGCCAAGCUGGACUGGUGGUAGUUGACACAGCACAGAUAGAAAAUAAAGAAGCCUAUGCCCCCCAAAUCAGUUUAGAAGGCUCAAGAAUCGUGGUUCAAGUCCCGUCCACAUGGUGCCUGAAAGAAGACCCUGCUACCAUGUCCCUGCUGCAAAGAAGCCUGGACCCUGAGAAGACGCUGGGCCUGGUGGACGUGCUCUACACGGCUGUGCUGGACCUCAGCCGCUGGAGGGCAGGGAGGGAACAAGCUUUGCCCUGCAUACAGAUACAGCUGCAAAGGGAGAUGUGUGAUUUUGGGAAUCAGGCUGACCUCCCUUCUGGAAAUGGGAACAAACCUUCAGGCGGCCUGCAGAAGACCUUCUCCAAACUGACAUCCCGCUUCACCAAGAAAGCUUCGUGUACCAGCUCUGGCAGCAGCACCAAUUAUUCCAUCCUAAAUACCCCUUCCAAAAGCAUCUUCAUAGCUGGGUGUUCAGAAGAGAAAGCCAAAAUGCCCAGUAAUAUUGAUUCAAGGUUACAAAGCAUUUUGAACAUUGGUAAUUUUCCUCGGACUGCAGACCCUUCACAGUCAGCUCAGAAUCCCAGUAAUCAAAUGGCCAAUGGUUUUCUCAUGGAGAGGCUUGACAGCUUUCUGCAAGGGGAUGAUGGCAAGGACGAGAAGGGUAUGAACUUGCCAACUGAUCAGGAAAUGCAGGAGGUGAUCGAUUUUCUCUCCGGCUUUAAUAUGGGCCAGUCACAUCAGGGCUCCCCAUUAGUGACAAGGCGUAAUUCUGCUGCCACAGCCUUGGUGACUGAACAGAAGGCAGGAGCCAUGCAGCCACAGCAACCACCACUGCCUGCGCCCCCUCCACCGCGGCCACCCCAAGCUGGGACACACACACCUCUGACACCCCAGCAAGGCCUGGCACCUCAGCAGCAGUCCCCAAAGCAACAACAACCCCAGGUUCAAUACUACCAACACCUGCUCCAACCCAUUGGACCACAGCAGCCCCCACCCCAGCCUCGCGCCCCUGGGAAAUGGGUACAUGGCUCAUCCCAGCAGCCAGCACAGCCCGUCGGAGUGGGUCUGUCUCCUCUGGGCCAGUGGCCUGGCAUGUCUGAUCUCAGUUCUGACUUGUACAGCUUGGGUCUGGUGAGCAGCUACAUGGAUAACAUGAUGUCAGAGGUUUUAGGGCAGAAGCCGCAGGGACCUAGAAAUAAUACCUGGCCAAAUCGUGACCAAAGUGAUGGAGUCUUCGGAAUGUUGGGAGAGAUUCUACCUUUUGAUCCUGCAGUGGGUUCAGACCCUGAAUUUGCACGCUACGUGGCAGGAGUGAGCCAGGCAAUGCAGCAGAAGCGGCAAGUCCAACACAGUCGCCGUCCAGGCAACCCUCGGGGACACUGGCCACCCAUGGAUGAUGCCCAUAGGACCUGGCCUUUCCCAGAGUUCUUCACAGAAGGGGAUGGCCUGCACAGCGGCUGGUCGGGUACUCAGGGAGACUCAGCCAGCUCGAGUGAUGAGACAUCCUCCGCCAAUGGCGACAGCUUGUUCUCCAUGUUUUCAGGGCCUGACCUCGUUGCUGCUGUCAAGCAGAGAAGGAAACACAGCAGUGGAGAGCAGGAGACCAGCACGCUGCCCUCACCGCCUCUUCUUACCACAGUGGAGGAUGUGAAUCAGGAUAACAAAACCAAAACGUGGCCACCCAAAGCACCCUGGCAACACCCUUCUCCACUGCCCAGCACACUGCCUAGCCCAGGCGCACCACUCUAUGCGGUCACCAGCCCUGGCAGCCAAUGGAACGACACCAUGCAGAUGCUGCAGUCCCCGGUAUGGGCUGCAAGCAGUGAUUGCAGCACGGCCUCCUUCUCCUACGUGCAGACCCCACCACAGCCCCCACCCCCAGCAGCACACAAGGCAGCGCCCAAGGGCUUCAAGGCCUUCCCGGGGAAGGCUGAGCGCAGGCCAGCCUACUUGCCCCAGUACUGACCCAGGCCUGCCUGACCAAAGCUGUUGGGGCCAGUGUCCCCAUCCUAGGGCUGACUAGUUGGCACCAACCCCCCAGAGGACCAGUGCACCCCUGUCCCAGGCAAGGAUCCUUGGGGAUGGGGGUGGUUGGCAGCUCCAAGCCUUUAAGGCCUGGCUUCCCAAACUUUGGAGGCAUCAGACCCCUGGAGGGCCAGCUGAAGACAGAGGUCUCUGACCCUCCUCAGGGAAAUGCUGGAUCUUCUAGCUUAAUAAGCACUUCUGGUGAUUCUGAUGCAGCUGGGCCACAGGCCACCCUCUGAGAAAUAGCUCUGGAGUUUGUAGUCCCACUGUGUGUGCUGGGAAGGCAUCAGGCUGGAAGGAUGACUGCAAAACUGACCAUUCUUCUGAAACCUCUCCCUUCUUAACACAUUAAGUGAUGACCACACCAAUCACUGUAUUUUAUAGCUAUUUUUCAUACAGGUUUUCAGUUAAAACAUCUCCUGCCUAAAAUGCAUUGAAGUUUUUAAGAUAACAAAUAUAGCGGCUGGAGGUUUGUUCAACACUAUUUUUAUUUAAGCUUAUACAAAAUGGGCAACAUACAGAAUAUGUGUGAUCAGAAUUAGUUACCUGGGUUUUCUGUGUGGGCAGCCCUCACCACCCCAGCAGCACCGAGGGAGCGCAGCUUUUGUCCGAUUUACAAAAGCAGGAUCAUAAAACUGAAGUCGAGGCAAUUCCUGAUGGUGCACGGAGAUGAGCCAGCUGGCUACUGUCUGCAGGACAAAGACACACCUGCUGCCCUCAGGUCCUUCCACACACGGCCAGAGGCUUCAAUACAGUCUCAGAGGUUGGGUGUGGUCAAGAGGCUGUACAGAGACAGCAGCCCUUGAAAUUGCAGUAACUUUUAUGAGCUGGCUCAAGACAAACCAAUUAAGAUAUAGAUAGGAAUUAAAGUAUUUUCUUUUUUUAAAAACCCACCUCAUAUUCAGUUAACGUGCCAUUAAAUAGAUAACAUCCUGUGGAUUUAGGGAUUUUCCAGCCAGAAUGGAUCCAGAAGAAUUGAAUGGUGCUUAAAUUGAGAAAUAAUAAUAAAUAUAUCUAUAUAGAAUAGACAUCCCACUGUAUAUUAAUUGAGGUUACAGAAGUUCUUUAUAUAAAACUUAUUUAAAUUUUUCAUAUUUCAUCUUUGAAAAAGUCUAAUUGAAAAAAAUCUGUAAU